AGGCUUUUAAUUUUUGGGGUUUGUUGAUGGUAAAACACAAUGGAAAUGCAGUUUUUUUAUCAGUCCGUUUUUGGAAAUACUGUGUGCUGUUUCGUCACGUUUCCUUGUUUAUGUUUUCAAAGUUAUUGUCGUUUCUACAGGGUUGGCACCACCCUCGCUCAACUCGUUUUAUCACCCAGGAGGCUUAUGGGAAAUGAAGUUUUGCUAGCUUGGCGUUUUGAUUACACUGUUCGAGCUUUUUUCCUGCCAUUGAACUACAUUUCCCGUACAAUACCCGCUUUGUGUUGAUGUUAGCGGAUAACUUGGGCCCGGGCAUACUGCAACAACUAUCCGCCAGCCUGUAAACAGCUGCAUCAUCGUUGGACACAAAACAAAGAUUCUGCAGUGUUGCAGACAACUGACAUAAUGUCAGAUACGGCAAGUGAUACCGAGUCAUCCUGUGGUUGGAGCAUCAUUAGUAUUGAGGGUUCUGAUAUAGAGACUUUAGUGUCAGAGGCCACUGGACAACAUGGAGCUGAUCCCUUAGAGCGCCCCCCUGUGGUGGAUGCAGAACUGCAGGACACUCUCACGUCAGCUUCUGCUCCCGGAUACAAUGAAGACAAACUUGAUGGCUCACUUGAAGACACUGUAGGAGAACAAACCAUGGAUGAUACACUGCACACCUCAGAGGCUGUAGCUGAUGCCGCACUGGAGGAAUGUGUCACCGUGUUGUCCUCCAGUGAGCAAUCCGACAUUGUGACUCUGAACGAGCUAAGGGAGGAUGAGUGUGGCGGUGUGGAGGAGGCGCCGGUGGUGACUGCCAAUGAGGGAUUUAAUCUGGGGACGUCGUGCAGCAGCCAGUAUGCCUUCACAACUGGGGAGCCUGUUUUUCCGACGAAGCCGUUGCCUGCAGCCACAGUCUCCAGCAGCAGCGAGGACGAAGCGGUACCAAGUAUGGUGGUGCGAAGGCGAAGAUUGAGGAAGAAUACGACAACCAUGACAGAGUCCUGUGAGGAAGAGGAGACGACAGUGGAGUCAGGUCCUAGCGAGGAGGAAGAGGAGGAGAUCAAGGAAGAGAAGCAGGAGGCGGAGCAAAGUCAAAGCCGACCUGCGGCACUGCGAAUCCAGGGCAGCGGAACCCUCAACAUGUGCGUCCUGCUCGCCCUCAUUGUAGCCGUCAGCAUGGGCUUUGGGCACUUUUAUGGCACCAUGCAAGUACAAGAAAGACUAAAGACAGCAGACAGAGUAAACGAGAUGGAAAGUGUGAGGGAUCUGCUUCAGUAUCACGUUAAGGGCAAAAACCGUGGCCUGGAUGACUUGGAUGAUCACAAGGUGAUUUCAUUGCUGGCAGACGUCAUCAAAAAGAUAAGCAAAGAGAACAAGGAGCUCAGCAUCCAGCAGGGACAUGUUGAGGCCCAGCGAGAUGGCCUAGCAUUGUCACUGAGACAGAAAGAGGAGAAGAGCAACAUUUUGACAGCCACAAACCAGCAUCUAAAGAGCUCCCUGCAGCGGGAAGAAAAGACCCUAUCCACACUGCAGGAGGAGCUGAGCAUCCUGCGCUCCACAGUCCGAGAUCUGAAGGCGAAGGACGCCGGCGCUGACUCACUACUGUCCGAAAAUCAGAGGCUGAAGGACGAGCUGGAGGGGGAGAAGGAGCUGGUUCGAAACUUUCAGAGCAAGAGGGCUGACAUUAUGGCGGAGGUGCUGGCACUGAGGAAGAAGCUGGACAAGGAGAGGAAGGUUACAGAUGAGCUGAGGAGGGAAAUGAGUCAGCUGAGGAGCAGCAGUGAAUCUGGAAGAGAAGCAGACACCAAGGCCAAGGAGCUCCAGUCCCGCCUGAAGGAAGUGGAAAAAAGGCUGGGCUUUGAGCAGCAGCGCUCUGACCUGUGGGAGAGGCUAUACCUGGAAACGAAGGAAGACCAGGCCAAAGGAGACACAGAACCCAAAGUGAGGAAGCGAAAAGAGGGUAUGUCAGGGAAAGUGAAAGAGACCUUUGAUGCAGUCAAGAACUCCACCAAGGCGUUUGUCCAUCAUCACAAUGAGCAGAUUAAGAAAGCCAAGGAAGCUGUAAAGGAAAACCUGCGCAAAUUCUCUGAUUCUGUGAAAUCGACUUUCCGUCACUUCAAGGAUUCAGCCUCGACCUUCAUCAACAAGGCCAGAGGAUUCUAUGAAGAGAAAUGCAGCAAGAAAAGAAAGUGUCAUCACAAACACGACCACGGCAACCACAACACACGAAAACAAGGUGACAGAGUUCAUAAAGAGCGAGGUGGCCAGAGCGCCAACCUGAAAGGAUGCCGAGGAGUGUUUGACUGCGCCUACCAGGAGUCUAUGAGCCUCUUCAACACAGCCAUGGAGCCCAUACGAGCAGACGAGUUCCACCAGCUGCUGCGGAGCUAUUUGCAGCAAGAAGUGGACCACUUCCACCACUGGAAGGAGCUGGAGAGCUUCAUUAACGACUUCUUUCACAACGGGUACUUCAUCCACGACCGCAUGCGCUUCACUGACUUUGUCAGCGGUGUGGAGGACUACCUAGUGGACAUGCAUGAAUACCACGGGCUUGACAACGACGCCUUUGGAAACCUCGAUGACUUCAUCUACAGGCACUUCUUUGGAGAGGCUUACACAAAGAGCUACGGGCCCAGCGGACCGCUUGAACGGCCAGACUCGUACUCCAGAGAGGAGUCAAGAGCGAAUCAUCAAGCUCGUAGACAGCAGAAAGAAAGAGCGCGGCCUCACAGUGAGCGCAAGUGGAGCAGGACAGGAAGAAAUGGACACAUGGCCGAUGUCAAAAUAGAACUGGGCCCCAUGCCGUUUGAUCCCAAAUACUAAAAACUAUAUAAUUCUUAAGUCCUUUUCUGGUUUGUCAGUUUGCACAAUGUUGAUAUGUUUUGAUGCUACUGAAUGUUCACCAGCUGGUGUUGAUUUGGGGAAGGAAUUCUAUUUUUGGUACGGGAUUAAUCGCUAUUUAAAAAAAACAAAAAACAAAACUCUCUUUAAAGGCAUUGAACUACAAAACAGUCCUGCAAAGGUGGGGAAGGAAAAUUGACUGGACGUUUAAACAGCGUGCUGACAAAAUUCAGUGAUUUAACCUUCGAUCUCCAACUACCUCAAGCGUUUAUCAUUCAAAAUCAACAGGGUUCAUGGAGAAAUGAAUUACAAUUCAAAUUGCACGUUAAUUCGAAGAGAUUCUGUCUCUGAGCUGCUUAAUAAUGCAUUACAUAUAGCAAUCCCCAUACACAAAGGGUGUCCAAACUUUUUCCACCGAGAGCCAUAUACAAAAAAUUUGAAUGAUGCAGGGACCACAUUGCAUUAAAGACGGUAAUACCAACAUCCACGUUUUACCUUUGUGUUAUGGAUGACAAUCAAUUAGUGUAAUAUGUAAUAUAUCUAAAUAACACUCUUCCAGUUCCACCGGGAGGACACCAAGGCAUUCCCAGGCCAGCUGUGAGACAUAAUCCCUCCAGCGUGUCCUAGGUCUGCCCUGGGGCCUUCUCCCGGCUGGGCAUGCCUGGAACACCUCACCAGGGAGGCACCCGGGAUCCAUCAGGACUACAGUACAUGCCUGAGCCACCUCAACUGGCUCCUCUCCAUAUGAAGGAGCAGCGGCUCUACUCUGAGCCCCUCCCGGGUGACAGCGCUCCUCACCCUAUCCAGUCACCCUGGAGGAAAAUUGAUAACCCAAAACUCAUGACCAUAGGUGAGGGUGGGAACGUAGAUUGACCGGUAAAUUGAGAACUUUGGUCCAGUACACCGACCGCAUUAGUGCAGACACUGCGCCAAUCCGCCUGUCGACCUCACGCUCCAACCUUCUCUCACUCAUGAACAAGACCCCGAGAUACGUGAACUCUUACACCUGGGGCAAGACCUGGGCAUGCCGUGGCAUCAUUAUUCCAUUAUUCUGUCAGCUUUCCUUCCUACCCAAGACUAUUUCAAAAAAUACUUCAGCCAUUAGGUUAGUUAUGAGACACGUGUUAAUUUUAAAUGACGAAGCCAAUAAUUACAAUGCCGUUAAACACCCCUAACAAUUGUUAUAGUUUGAAUGAGUUGGAAAUUCUUUAAAAAAGACGUGACAAGUAACAUGUUAAUUUGAACCCUGAACCUUAGUUUCAACCAAUAAAUGGUAAAUGAUGUUUCUCUGAAAAUACAGAAUGGUGACAGCCCAAGCUGGUGUAGAAAGUCAAAAACAAAACAGGGAGGAGUUACUGUAUGUGUUUUAUCGAUUUGUCAGCUUCAAGUAUGAGCUUGUUUGACAUGCUGUUAUAACAUUCCACCUCUUGUUUUUGCUUCAUCUCAACUGGAAUGUGUUGGUUCUUUAAUAAGCAUAUAGGGAGGUAAAUAAAAUAAAAAAAAAAUUCACACCAAACUUUUAGUGCAUCAUUAGCCGUUUGAUGUUUGGUUUUCCCAUAGGACAGAAUGAAACUGUAUCAGAAGCAUGGCAUUUAAGGUUUAUCUCAGCAGCUAAUGCACAGUAUCGGACAUAGUGGCUAAAAGAUGCAUUGUUCCAGUGGUUGUCAGUGCCUUUCAUAAAUAAAAAUGCUUCUUCCAACUCUUCCUGAUGGAAAGUGAGUGUGAAACAUCUCUGUUGUCUUUGUGAAGUUGUCCUCUUGCAAAAACGGUGAGAUUUCCUACAACAUAAAACACAUCAACAUGAAGUAAGGUGUCAACUUUUCAACCCACACUCAGAUUUGUUAGCACGUUUACCUUCUCUAAAACGUCAAACAGAACCAAGUGAGUAGGAUGUGAGAGCUUUUGUGGAAAUGAAGCUCUGAGCCAGUGAAGAGGGUCAUUGUAGAAUCUAUCAGCUUUGUCCACGUAAGCCCCCUCGCCAAGAUUAGGCUGACACUCCAGGAAACUCAUCCUUAGUGGGCAGUGAAUGUGACUGCAUAAAGAGAACCAUUAGCUGUUUGUUAGAGACCUCUAUAUCCCAUCAUGCAGUACCUGUAGAAAGGGGUCGAGUGGCAGGGCAUGAGGAAGAGAAUAUCAGGCUGUGGCUGUUCUGAGACGUGGCAAAGUGUCUGGAGGUGAUGCAUGACGUCCAGAGCACCGCGCUGGUGAAUGAGGCCCGUGUAGAGAGCUAUGAGCAGGUUGGUCACUAGCAAAACAGAUGCAGCUGCUGGGCGCCACGCUCUCAUAUGAGCCAUUGAUAACCC